CGCGUGACAUCCAGUAGCUACCGUGCACAAACAGGAUAUUUAGCUUAUUGAAGACCACUUUCCUUGUUGUCGACCAGUCUGUAGAUCGUAGGCAGCGAGGCAGCAGAUACUUUGUAGUAAAGCUUCGUCUGGUCUCUCGAGCAUGCCGACGACGGUCCCGAGUCUGGCGGCAACUUUUCUCACAAUGGUACUGCUGACGCCUUGGUCGAAUGGACUGUGGCGAGGCGGGCGACGAUACGCCUCCUCGGCCACGGCGUUUCGAACGACUACUCUCGCACGGCAUUUCGCGGUACUCUCCUGGUCACCAACGCAAUAUCCGUGGCGUCCCCGCUUAAACGUCGGGACAAAAGCGGAGCCCACCGGGAGGACACUACGGUACGCCACCACCAGCAGUAGCAGCAGCAGUACUAACGAUAGCGCGUCGGAAUACGACGUGAUUGUGGUGGGUGGCGGGCACGCGGGUUGCGAUGCGGCAGCUGCUGCUGCUCGGACCGGAGCCCGGACGGCCCUGGUCACGCAAAAGCUCGCCACGAUCGGCGAACUUUCCUGCAAUCCAUCAAUCGGUGGUAUCGGUAAGGGUCACUUAGUACGGGAGAUUGACGCACUGGACGGACUCAUGGGAAAUGUGGCAGACCAGGGAGGCAUUCAUUUUCGACUCCUUAACCGACGCAAGGGUCCAGCCGUCCGGGGACCGCGAGCACAGAUGGAUAGGGAUCUGUACCAGCAGUGCAUGCAGGAUAUCUUACGCAACUACCCAAACCUUCAUUUGGUCGAAGCAUCGGUACAGGAUUUGCUGUUGGACCAAAGCACCUCCGCGCCAUUGGAAUCAAUGGCACCGAUGCAGUCGGGAGAUCUCGGUCAGGGUUUGUUGGGCAGUACGGGUCGGGGUUCCAGUCCGGUGGACAACGGGGCCAAUGUCGACCAGCAAGCGCGCAUGAUACAAGCCGCCACGUCUUCAUCGCGGAAUGCACGUAUUCGGGGAAUCGUUGCGGAAACCCCGGAUGGUAAAACCAUCGAGUUGGCGUCCCGAGCCGUCGUUAUCACCACCGGUACCUUUCUCCGCGGUGUGCUCAUGAUGGGACACGAACGGUACAGUGGUGGUCGGCAUUUGCGAGAUUCAGAAGAGGUAGAACCACCCUCGGUCGGCUUGGCCCAAACCUUGGCCCGUUUUGAAUUUCCCUUGGGACGGCUCAAGACCGGAACUCCCGCACGGAUCGAUGGCUCUACAAUUGAUUGGAGCGCACUCGCCAUCCAACCGUCGGAGAAUCCGGCACAACCUUUUUCGCAUUUGCGGCAAUUUAACGAAGAACAACCUCCGUUGGUCGAGGCUGGGACAUUAAUUGACUGCUACCAAACUGCGACGAAUGAAGAAACACACAAACUAGUCAUGGAGUUUGAACACAUGCUGCCGCAAUACGACGGCUUGGACGGCAAGGGCAACGGUCCUCGCUACUGCCCCAGCAUCUACAAGAAAGUCCAGCGGUUUCCGCAACGGACCGGCCACAAUUGCUUUUUGGAACCCGAAGGACUGAAUACGGACCUGGUGUACCCUAACGGCAUGAGCGGUCCCUACCCGCCUGAAAUUCAGCAGAAAAUAUUGCGUACCAUGAAGGGUCUCGGCGCCGUCGAAAUUAUUCGACCAGGCUAUGAUGUGGAAUACGAUUUUGUCAAUCCUACAGCCUUGACCCACACCCUGGAAACGAAACGAAUCGGUGGUUUGUACCUGGCGGGUCAAAUUUGCGGUACCACGGGCUACGAAGAAGCCGCCGCCCAAGGCAUUGUGGCCGGUGCCAACGCCGGUCGUGCGGCGGCUGCUGCCACCCGCGGUGACCCACCGCCCCUGCCCUUUGUGAUUGGGCGAGACGAAGGAUACAUUGGUGUGCUCGUUGACGAUCUCGUCACGAGGGGGACAUCAGAGCCGUAUCGCAUGUUCACCUCGCGCGCUGAAUACCGAAUUAGUUUGCGAGCGGACAAUGCAGAUUUGCGGCUGACCCGCAAGGGGAUGGAGUACGGAUUGGUGAAGGACGAAGAGCGUAUGUCGGCAUUAGAUGCCCGGGAGUUUCUGAUUGACGAUCGGGUUGGCAAACUAUCUAGUUUUCAGCUGAAAGUGACGGAGUGGUCGUCACGAGGCGGAUUGGACCUCAUGGGUGGCGCGCAAAUGAAACGCAAAAUAGGACAAAAGAAAACUGCGGAAGAAGUACUAGGUAUGCCAAACGUAACGCUAAAGGACGUGGAAGAUAUCAUGAAGGCAGUCAGUAAAGAACCGGAUGUUGUGGUCGAAACGACCGAUCCCCUCCCAAGUAAGGAAGUCCGGGCUAUGUUGGAGGCAAUGGACAAUUUUGUACCGUCACCGGCAUCGGUUUACGACACAGUCGAAGCAUCUGUAAAGUAUCAAUCCUACGUGCGGCGACAACACAAGGACAUGGAAAGUUGGAGACGAGCACAAGGAUUACGGAUUCCCCCCGACGUGGAAUACGUUCAUAAGUAUCUGCCCACGUUGAGCAUCGAGGAGCUGGAAAAGCUAAGCCAAAUUCGACCCGCUACCUUUGCGGACGCUUCCCAAAUCAGCGGCAUGACGCCAAAAAGUCUUAUUUACCUAUACCACCAUGUCCAAAGACGAAACCGCGAUCGCGAUGGAGGAGGCUCCAAGAAACGAAAAGUGGCCGAGUCGUGAAGAAAGAAAAUGAUUUUUACCUUUGUUAUAGACUUUGUGUAUGCGUUU